CCCUGUUUGCAAGGCUGCUUGAAGCACAGGCUGGCCGCCCAGAUGCAGUGCCCCACUCUGCCCAGAGGUUGUUGGGCUCACGUGGCAGCCUGGGGAUGGCCUUGCCUCCUGGCGGGCCUUCAGCCUCACGGGGUGCUCCCACCCAGCAAGUGCGGACCAAGCCCCUCCUGGCGCUGAGGACCCAGAUAUCCAGGGCAGCCCAGCCUGCCCCCGUGGGGCUCCUGCAAACCAGGCCCAGACGGUGCAGCUCCGCGCUCCCUGUGCUUGCGGUUACGUGUGUAAUAACACUGAGAACUGCGAGGACCUCCGGCCGGCUGCGACCCCCGGCUCUUCCUCGACCCCCCAGCUUCAGAGGUAGUGUGUUGGAGAGCCGGCACGCAGACACCCCCACCCGAAAGCGCCUGGGGGCGCCUCAAGCAGCACUCCCGUCCUCUCCCAGGUCUGUGGCCUGGCCGCUCCCCGGCGACCUCAGUCAGCCCUGCUCGCGUGCGGGGGCCAAGCGGCAGUGGACUCAGCGCUGCCCCCGCUCCUCUGCUCCCCCGGCCCGCGGGCUGCCCGCACCUACCCGAGUCGUGCCCGCCCGGCUCUGUGGCCGCCUCGGGCUCGGGCUCAGGCGCAGGAGGGGCGAGCGGGUCCGGCGGGCGCGUUCUGAGCCUCGAGUCACGCGGCCUGCCCUCCCGUCGGGGUGGGGACGGAGCCCCUGCGGUUUGGGUGCGGCCGGGGCCUGGGCGGGCCGUGGGACCGCGGGCCUCCUCCAGACGGCCUGGGCCCCGCGGAGGGAGGAGGUUGUUUCAAAGUCAGGCAGCCUCCGGAGCAGCGGCGUUGGCGGGAGGGAAUAACUCGGCUCCCACCAGGCUGAGAAUAGCUCGGAAUUGGGUCACCCUCCCCGAGAGCUCCGGUCACAGCCUCCAGCCUUUGACAGUAAUCAG